AUGGUUGGGAAACCAGAAGAUACCCAACAGUGGCAAGCGGAUGAAGAAAAGCGCCGUGCCUUUUGGGCAAUUUGGGAAAUGGAUGUUUUCGCAAGUACAAUUCGUCAGACACCAACCGCCAUUGACUGGGGACACAUGGAGAUCUUACUACCUGUUGAUAACGCCGAUUGGUUCCAGGGCCGUCCCACUCCAAGCUGCUUCAUGGAAACCGACCCAAACCAGCGUUGGAAGGCGCUCCAGGAUAGUUGCAACCAGUCCCCCAAAGCAUGGUUUCUGGUAAUCAACUCUUUCAUGAAAGCAGCCCAAAGCAUUUCCGAUCCCCAACGGCUAUCCGCUAGAGACAAUCCGGGUCACUACCAGCCGAGUCACCGCACCCCAGGACGUGUUGAGGAGGGCUGCCAAAAAUUGGAGAAACUGGGGAACGCAGUACGUUGCUUUAGUCUGGCUUUACCAAGCAACCUGCGUUAUCACGAUCAGUAUUUGGCCUUUGGUGCGCUAGUGGAAGGGCAACUGGAGUCUCAACGACAGCAACAUUCCUCUUUAUACAAUAUCUUCGUCAUGACGCAGCUUGUUUGGUUGAUGAUCCACAGAUAUGAUGCAUUCAGGCCUCAACCCCGUCAGGUCGAAACCAAUUACUUUCAGCGCCCUGCAGACGUGGCCGGAGGGGCUACAUUCAGCCCAAAUGAUACCGAAUGUACUGCACAGAAACAAUGUUAUGACGCAGCUGAUCGAAUCUUAAGAAUCGCGAGUCAAAGCUGCGAAGACCAUAUCCAGCACAUCAAUCCGUUCCUUUCCAGCACAUUCUGGCUUGCCUCGGCCGUGCAGCUGGUUCGCAAACACUUUGCUCGAGCACCUGCCAAUCGAAGCUUGAUCAAAUCACGGUUCGACGUUCUAUACCUGACCUACAGGCGGUGCGUUGACUUUUGGGGCACUCAAACCGCUAUGCAGCGGAAUCUGGAAUCACUUGAAGAGCAACUAGAAGCUAGAAAAAGAAAGAUGGAUACCCUUGACAGCCGAUCUUCGUCGGAUCAUCAGACUAGCCGCAUCGAGCGCCAUACGAAAAAGAGACAAACACACCACAACCAAACACAUACCACAAAGCAUGACAAUCUCACCAACUUUUCAACUACGAGGGUGCCCGAAAACAAGCCUACUCAAUAUAUACCGGAAAUACCAGCCACUCCUGUCGAUCUCUCACAUUUUCCCGAUGGUGGACUGAAAAUUACAGCCCAGAAGUUUGCAAAACAGCACUCGGUUGCAGUAGAUAAUAGGGCGAUGUUGGGCAUGAUGCCUCCUCCACAACCCGAUGGGAGCCAGACUACUAGGACUUGCACAAUGCCUAAAAACCGUAAUUUCUUGGAUUUGACCAAUUUGGGGGACUUCCAGAAUGACCAAAUUCUUGAAUGGCGCGACUUUGAUCUUUCUGGUGGCAUACAGGAUUUGCUUGCUGAGUGGACCACAUACUAG